CCCCGUUGCAAGACGCCGGCGCAGGGAGAGACGGCAGAAAGGGUCGUCGUCGUCGUCACUGCGGCGCAGCUGCUUCCUCGCCUAAGAGGAGAAGGAGGAGAACGAUGGCCUUCGCCUGGAGCCCCCUCUGGAGCCUUUUCGUCCUUCUGGGUUUCCUGCUGCCGCCCGGCGAUUCCAUUGAAUACUGUGAGGCUUACAAUGAUCUGUAUGGACGUUGGCAUCCACAGCAGACUUGUUCAAAUUAUUGUUGUGGGACCUGCAACAAUCGUUAUUGUUGCUCAUAUGCCUUUAACAAAAAUUACCAGUUUCUCUGUCCCCUGGAAAGUACACUUCCAUCUUUCAAGCCUGAACCAUUCAAGAUAGACCCAGAUUUUGAAGAUCUAUAUUGGUCUGAUUACAGUGGGACAUUUAUAGCAAUUGGUAUUUCAAUUUUCGUCGUGUUUGUAGUAGGCAUCAUUCUCUGCUUCACCUGCUCAUGUUGCUGCCUGUAUAAAGCCUGCCGAAGGAGGCCACAGCCUGUUGUGACUACAUCCACAAGUGUGAUACAGGUGCCUUACCCUCAGCAUCCUGGGGUACCAGUUGCUUAUGCUGGAGGAGCAUACCAAGGAUACAAUCCACUACCGGUACAGCCCCAGCCUGGAAUGCCACCAGCAUCCUACCCAACCCAGUACCCUCCGCCCUAUCCUACGCAACCUAUAAGGCCACCGCCAUACCAGGAAACCGUGGCAGUUGGUGCCUCAGCUCCUCCAGCUCAACCCCCUUAUAAUCCAGCAUAUAUGGAUCCUCCAAAGGCUUCCUAUUAAAUGGACUUUUACUGUGUGUGUCUCUGGAAGCCUCUUCAGAUUGCCUUUUUCACGUGGAGUUCUUUCUGAAGAUAUUAUUCUGAUAUAUCUGUUUGGAGGGGUGGGUCACAGUUUAUUUACAGCACUUUGAGAAGUGCAAGAAAUUCAAGCAAUUCAAAGAUGACCUUUUUGUAAAGAAAAAGUAGGGGUGAAUCUAAGAAAGAACUUAAAAAAGUAAGCAUCAGGAAUACAAUUGAACUAAAUAGGGACAAUCGUUUGAGGGAUUAUUUGGCCAUAAUUUCAUCAAAAUCAAUUUAAAAUGGGCUAAUCUUUUUCCAGCUUAGUACAGAAAAGUAACAUCUGUUUUGAAACAAAAUAUGUUUUCCAAGUAAUAGGGAAAUAGCUCUUUAGCAGGAAAUGGGCCACCUUGUUCAAUAAUCCCCUUGUUUUUGUCCAUUAUGCAGCAGUUGCAUAGUCUUUCAGUAUCACAGUGCAAAUAUUUGAAUUUCAUUGGAAUUUUGUCACUAUACAAAAAAUAUAUAUUUUGUAUUCUCUGUUGCAUGGAGAUUGUUGAAUGGGAUCAUUUAUCAGCUUUCUGUGUUCUGCACCAAAAUAUUACAGCAUGUCACGCUCUUAAAAAAGAACUCAGACCAGAACUCGGACCAAGCAAAGAUAAAUAAUGUGGUGACCUCCUCUAUUUUUAUCUGUAGUUCCCAGACUCUCUUGCCCUUAGCAUCCAGAGGCUGCUGGGAAUUUAAAUCCAGCUGGAGAGACAUUAAAUUACAUAGCCCUGCUCUAGGCUAUUUAAAUGGGGCAUUUCAUUCCUCCCCACAUUAACCAUUUUUCUUAUCUAACUGACAAUCAGUUUCUUAUAGACCCAUAUAGUUUUGAUCAAGGUGGUAUUUUGAUUAGAGUCUCACCAGCCUGAGUAUACUAUUAGAAAGAGGAAAUAUCACAGUAAUGUUUCAUUUUAAAUGGGUGCUUUGCUGCCAUUUCUGAAUCAAUCCAUUUCUCAAUUAAAAGUAAUUUUUCAACUACUUAAGGACAGAGAGAGAGAGAUGAAUUUCUGUCUUGAAAUAAACAUCUGUAAUACGUUUGGCAUCCUAGAAACUUGAAUGAAAGUGGAAACAUUUCAAAACUCUUUAUAUAGUGGUAUGGAAGUAAUUUGGUAAGGAAGAAAGCCUAAAUCCUGGGAUAACACCCCAGGAAAAAAAAGAGAUGGCUCCCAAUCUUUGCAUAGCUAAAGCAAUCCAAAAGAAAACAACUUUGCUCCACAUAAAGUGACACAAAACCCAAAAUAAAUCAGCGCAGUUCAUAAAACCAGCCAACGCUAUGAGAUUAGAUAAAUUCGGAGAACUGUAGUCCCUGUUCAGAAAUACCCAGCCAAGAGAUACAUGUUUUGGGAGCUUUUUUCCUAUUGUUAAUAGUUUUCCAUGCCUACAGAAUUGUAGUCUUGGUGUUUGAUUAAUAUUUCUGUCACCUUUGUGUCUUCUAACUCUCCCAAUUUCAGUUCCAUUAUCUAUUUAAGAUACUUGCAGAAUAAUUAAGAGUGAAUUCUGUAGGGCUUUCCCUUAUUGUGCAGGGAUUUUAGAGUGAGCUUAACACAGGAACAUUUCCAGAGGUAGCAUUCAGCAGGUUCUGACCAGUUCUGCAGAACCAGUAGCAGAAAUUUUGAGUAGUUCAGAGACCUGGCAAAUACCACCUCUGACUGGAGAUUUUACAGUAUCCUUCCCCUGCCACGCCCACAGAACCGGUAGUAAAAAAAAUCAAAUCACACCACUGAACAUUUCUCUUCAGAAAAAUGUAUCUCCUCUGCAUAAAUGGCUUGUAUCGGUCUUUUCCAUACCACUGAUCUUGAGAGAUGUUGAUUUAUGCCCACACUUGCUGGAGAUACUGUAAAUUACAAUCUUAACAUGAUAAAGUGCGCUCAUCUGAGAGAAGUGGACUGCAUUAUGUUACAGAAAAAUGAAAGGGUAUCAGAAAAUUAAAAAGUAUAUAUGUGGAUAAUGGAAUACUUCUUUGUGCCUAGGAAGAGAAAAUGAUUGAUUUCUGCAGUUUGUCUUAAACUCUGCUAUUGUACUCUUUGUAAAUACAGACAGUCCUCAAUUUACAACCAUAAUGAAGCCUGCCAUUUAUGGUCAUAAGUCAUGAUGGUUAUAAAGCAGGGCGUCAUGUGAUUUUAUGACAUGACCAGUUGUAAGACAAGGAUUACCUGUAAGGCUGAAAGAGUUUGCCCCCUUAUUCCUACCCAUUAGAAAUAUAGUACCUUAUUUUAGCAAGCUUUGGAUUUUAUGACAGCAUGUCUCAGUCUAUGUUUUUACUUCCAUAUAUGUCUUACAAAGAAUACAUCUCUCUAUCACUAUGCUGUAAUUAUGGAAUCAGUAUUAUUUUGUUGAAGGCUGUUUUGCCUGCUUGUCUUAAGCGCUGCCUCUGUUUCCUUAUUCAGGCUAUAUAUGCUGAGAGUAGUUUCUAAUCCUUGUAAUGUGUGAAAUCACAGUUAAAGUUCGCAAGAUUUCAGUAAUUGACAACUGAUAACUGAAUUUUUCCAAAAGUAUUUGCUUAUGAAAAAUUUAUAAAAGGUAUUUCUUUAAUGGCACUUCUACUGCUAGAAGUGGGUCCUGUUACAAUUUACUGUACUUGUAUGAAGUCUGAAGGAUUGUAACAAGUGGCACGUGUAGUGUCUCAAUUAAAAUGCUGCAUUCUUUGACGAAUAUUUUUUUUUAGUUUAUCCUUUUUUAUUGUGAACUUUUAAAGUGCCUUUUCAAAUUUUUGUAACUCUGUCACCAUAACUAUUGUACAAUAUUAACGUACUGUGAUAUUUUUGUUCAAAAUCUUGAUUUUGUUUUUAAUAAAAAAAAUCUUUA